GUUUACAUUUUCAGUUUCUCUUCAUCUCUUGUUACCUGUUAAUUGUUUUCUUUGGUUUCGAAUUUUACUUUUUUUCUUCUCUUUUAAUCAUGUCUUAUAUGAUAGGUCAUCUUCACAAUGGCUGGCAGGUCGACCAAGCGAUUCUAAGUGAGGAAGAUCGAGUUGUAGUAAUUAGAUUUGGUCAUGAUUGGGAUCCCACUUGUAUGAAAAUGGAUGAGGUUCUUUAUAGUAUCGCUGAAAAGUGUAAAAAUUUUGCUGUCAUCUAUUUGGUUGAUAUUACUGAGGUUCCUGAUUUUAAUAAAAUGUACGAAUUGUAUGAUCCAUGUACGGUUAUGUUUUUCUUCCGAAAUAAACAUAUCAUGAUCGAUUUGGGUACUGGUAACAAUAAUAAAAUCAAUUGGGCUUUAGAGGAUAAACAAGAGAUGGUUGAUAUUAUUGAAACAGUUUACCGAGGUGCUCGAAAAGGCCGAGGUCUGGUUGUCUCACCGAAAGAUUAUUCAACCAAAUAUCGUUAUUGAUUUUGCUUCUUGGUGUUCAUCCGAUUUUCAUUUUUGGGUCACAUCUUUUACUCUCUCCAUCAUCACAUACACAUUCUUACUCCAUCGUAUUGUAUUAAUAAUGAACAUACUAUAUGUCAUCAUAUAAUGACAAUUAUCAGAAGCAGUUAUGGAUUAUUUCAAAAUUCUGAUUCGAUUCAAACUGGAGAUGAAUAUACGACAACAUUCAGAAAGAUUUAUCAUUUCAACUUGAACAAUGGAAGCGUUUUGAUUGAUUGUUUAAUUUCUCUCUAAUGUAAAAUAUCUGUAAUUCACAUGGAUCACAUGGAGAAAUAAUUAAAACUGAAAUAACUUUAUUCCUUAUCAAGUUAUCUCAUAUGAAACUGGA